CUUUCUGCGUUGUCCGGGAACUGGAAGAAAUUCCAUACCUCAUUCCUCGAGCCGUGUUAGGUUACGUUCCGCGCUGCAUUGAAUACUCGCAGCCUCUCGCGAGUCUCGAAGGUUAUUAGGAGGUCGUGACUUUCUUUCUGAUGGUCACGAAUCUCGUUGAAUCAUACUGAAUAACUGAUUGCAUCAUUCACACACACCAUCUUCGCUUCGUCGUUUGCUGGCCUUCUUAUCUGCGGCACAGAAGAACUAGGAGAAGAGACGCGAGCAGUUUUGGUGGGCGUUAGUAGGAAUCGCGGAGUCAUGGCGUACGUGGCGCGCUCUGCACUUCUCUGGAGGAGCCAGCUCUCUCAGCUGGUCAAGGCAGCCAGAGCCGGCCGCCCAAUGCCGUGCACUCCCUGGAGUGGACACCGGAGCUACAGCAAGAAAGUUCGCAAAGGGUUUGAAAACUUCCACCCGGAGCGCUCCAAGGACGCGACAUCCAAGAGCAACCCAGGCCAAAAAGCAGGGGAAGCCAAGUCAAAGGCAGACCCAAAACCUCGUAGAGAAGAACCGACAGGGGACCAAAAGAGUGAUCCGUACGUGUUCAAAAUCGAGAGGAGGUUCGAGUUUGAUUUCGAUCCCCGGAACUGGGCGAACUGGGUCCCCCUCGCACUGGCCCUCGCUGCCGGCUACGUCCUGACUAACUCCGGCGGCCAGCUGCGGCAGAUCAGCUGGCAGGAGUUCAGGAUCAACUACCUGGAGAGAGGAGAGGUCGAGAGGUUAGAGGUCGUGAACCGAAGCCUCGUCCGGGCCUACCUCAGACGUGAUUCAACUGGACAGGGCCCUUCUAUCCUGACAUUCAACAUUGGGAGUGUGGAUUCCUUUGAGAGGAACUUGGAGCAGGCACAGUCGGACCUGGACAUAGACCCCGCCGACAGACUGCCGGUCACCUAUGUGGCCGAGGCAGAGUGGUUGAGAGAGGUCCUGAAGCUGGCCCCCACCCUCCUCAUUCUGGGUACCAUCAUCUUCUUCAGUCGUCGGAUGGCCGGGGGAGGCUCAGGGAGAGGGGGGAUGUUUGGGAUUGGCAAAUCAACGGCAAAGUUAAUCAACAAGGAGACAAAUAUUCAGAGCAAGUUCAGAGAUGUGGCCGGGUGUGAGGAGGCCAAGAUCGAAAUCAUGGAGUUUGUCAAUUUUCUCAAGAAUCCUCAGCAGUACACUGAGUUGGGAGCCAGAAUACCCAAGGGUGCCAUUCUGUCUGGCCCUCCUGGUACGGGGAAAACCCUGCUCGCUAAGGCGACGGCCGGAGAGGCAGGGGUCCCGUUCCUGAACAUCUCUGGAUCAGAGUUUCUGGAGAUGUUUGUCGGUGUGGGACCUGCCAGGGUUCGCGACCUCUUCAGCCAGGCCAGAAAGAAUGCCCCCUGUAUCAUAUUCAUUGACGAGAUCGAUGCAGUCGGUCGCAGGAGAGGUCGUCAGGGAGGGUUCGGAGGUCACGACGAGAGAGAGAACACGCUGAACCAGUUGCUGGUGGAGAUGGAUGGGUUCACUGCCUCCACCAACGUGGUCGUCCUGGCGGGAACCAACCGGCCGGACGUCCUCGACCCAGCUCUCCUCAGACCGGGGAGGUUUGACCGACAGAUCUUCCUCCCACCUCCAGACAUCAAGGGAAGAGCGUCCAUCUUCAAGGUUCACCUGAGCCCAUAGCGGAUUAGACAGAGGAGGAGCUGAGGCCCGUCAGAUGGCGCCAGAACCCAGGUUCCGGGAGCUGAUGUUGCCAACGUGCGUGCACGAGUCUGCGCUCAUCGCGGCAGGUAUCCACCUCGCCCUGACGUGUGACAACAUGGACAUUUGAGGGCCAUCGAAGGUCGUGGCAGGUCUGGAGAAGAAGUCCCUGGUUCUACAGCCAGAGGAGAAGAGAAUCAUUGCCUACCACGAGGCCGGCCACGCCAUCGUUGGCUGGUUCCUCGAACAUGCCGAUCCCCUCAUGAAGGUGUCAAUUAUCCCCAGAGGGAAGGGGCUUGGCUACGCCAUGUACCUACCCCGAGAACAGUACAUCCACACCAUGGAAGAGUUGUUUGACAAGAUGUGUAUGACUCUGGGAGGACGGGCCUCCGAGCAGGUCUUCUUCUCCAAGAUUACCACUGGGGCCCAGGACGACCUCCGCAAGGUCACCUCCAGUGCCUACUCACAGGUUGCAAAGUUUGGGAUGAACCCCCUGGUUGGCCAGGUGUCCUUUGACCUUCCUCAAGAGGGGGACACUGUGUUUGAGAAGCCAUACAGUGAGGCUACGGCACAGCUGAUCGACGAGCAGGUCAGAGAGCUCAUCAACAGAGCCUACCAGACCACUCUGCAACUGAUCGAGAAACACAGAGACGACGUGCUCAAGGUGUGCCCCUACAAUUAUACAUACAUACAUACAGUGUUGGUGGGUUAUGUCUAGAAACAGUGUUGGUCCCUGCAAUCUACAUCCAUAUGUAGAGAAGAGUGUUAGUGGCUUCAGUCGCACCAAAGGCAGUUCUUUUUCACUGGAGAAGGGCACUUGCACUUGUUUUCAAGGGGGAAAAUGGUGCAAUGAUCACGCCAUACUUACAGCUAGUGGACGCCAUGCUUACAGCUAGUAGGGAAGGGCGUGAAAACAAGGUCAACGUGGUGUUGUUGACUUGUUUGCUCUGCCUUGUCUUUCUACCUCGUUGUUGACACAUAUUGGAGGGUGUGCGCUGUAAAAGACUGUGCGGCUAUUGUCACAGGUGGCGGAGCGUCUGUUGGAA